AUGGACGCCCGCAAAAAGAAGAGGAAGGUCCUGCUUAUGGGCAAAAGCGGCUCUGGGAAGUCGUCUAUGCGUUCUAUCAUCUUCAGCAACUAUGUCGCCAAAGAUGUUCGCCGUCUCGGCGCCACAAUUGAUGUGGAGCACAGUCAUGUCAAGUUUAUGGGUAAUCUGACCCUCAACCUGUGGGAUUGUGGAGGACAAGAUGCCUUUAUGGAAACCUACCUCGCCUCUCAGCGCGGCAACAUCUUCUCUGACGUUGCCGUCAUGAUAUAUGUGUUCGACAUCGAAUCCCGUGAAGUCGACCGCGACCUAGACACGUAUAAUGCAAUUAUUGAAGCACUUCGUGAAUUCAGCCCUAAUGCAUAUGUCUUCUGCCUCGUGCAUAAGAUGGACUUGAUUCAGGCAGAGCACCGGCAGCGCAUCUACGAGGAACGAUCAGCACUAAUCCGCUCUCGCUCCGAGCAUUUCCGCGUUGAUACCUUCGGCAGUAGCAUCUGGGACCAGUCACUAUACAAAGCCUGGGCGGGGAUCGUGCACAAGCUAAUCCCGAACCUGACGGUCAUCGAGCGGUUCCUCAGUGCUUUUGCGAAGAAGAUCAACGCAGAAGAGGUCAUUCUCUUCGAGCGCUCAACUUUCCUCACCGUCACAUCCGUCACUUCGGAUGUGGGUGACCUGAACCCGAUCUACGACCGCCAUGAACGCCUGUCCAAUAUUAUGAAAGCCUUUAAACAUUGCGCCGCCCGCAACACCCUCACCACCCCUGCUUCAGCCGGCUUCGUUGUCAUGCACACCAAAACCCCCCAAUUCAACAUUUUUCUCGGCCGCUUCACCGAUAACACAUAUAUCUUCCUCGUUGUCCCGCCCGGCGAGGCUGCCUACAACUGCGCCGUCUUGAACACCAUGCUCGCGCGCGAGGGCUUCUCUAAAGCCGCCGCCGGUGGCCGAACAGACGGAUUUCCCCUACCGCCUCCCGAGACGCCCGAUGACCACGCUGAGAAUGGAAUCUCUGCCCAAGCAUGA